GAUGAUAAUUCCCACACAGAGUGAGCGUUGCGCUUGCUCGUUCGUCCUGGUCGCUUCAAUUCAAAACAAUCAAACAAGCAGUGCGGACGCACCGCAAAGCGGUCGCAGCCGAAAGUGAUAACAUUGAACAGUGAGACAUACGGUACGCAAACAAAAAAUAAACAUUUUUGCACCAACUCCGAAGACACCGCGUGUGACGUACGGGUUAUCAGUUAUUUUUGCUUUCUGGUGAGUUGCUGUAAAAGUGACACACUUUGUUGUGCUUUGUUCCGUAUUGUAGAUUUUUGCGACAGCCACCUAUCAGGCUUAAUUGUGAUUCAUAUUGUUUUUGUGUCGUUGUGCAUUGAACACAGAAAAAAACUGAAAAAAGUGUGUUCAAAUUUGAAUCUAAAACAAUUUUAACAGAACACAAUCACAAGGAACCAGCAAAAGGUUUAGAGAGUAAAAAAAGGCGAAGUCCUGGCCUAAAAGUGCUGUGUACAAACGUGUUUGUGUGUGCAUAUUGGUGUAUGUAUGUGUGUUGCACAGCUGAUAUACAAACGAUUAUUAUGUAAGAAGCGAACUCUCUAAAGCAAGGCCAAAGUAAUUGCUCUUCAAUUGAUUGCACUUCUAUUGUGUUCGCAGUCCGCAUAAAGUACAAUAUCAUUUUCGAGUUAAAACUGUUGACAGUUUCUACGAAAGAGUCUCUCGUUCGCUACAUCGCGAGUAAACAGGUUAGCUGGUGGAAAGCGGAGGAAGAAGAAAAGAGAGGUGCGAAGGAAAGGGCGCACGCAACAGGGUGGUUUGUUGACACGAAAAGGAGAGAAAUCGCUGUCCGUCAUCGAUCGAUACACGCGCGUGCGCAAGAGAGAGAGAGAGAGAGAGAGAGAGAGGGGGGGAGAGCGUGCGCGCACGAGAACGCGUACCAGCGUGCGCUGCUUUCAGUCCUCCCGUCGCUUCGUUCCGUCGUAGUGUGCGAGGCGUGCGUGUGCGCUUGUAUCUGCAUGCGUGCAAAGGUGUGUGUGUGUCAGUAGGUAGCGGAAUAGAAAAAGCAACACAGCCGCCGCCAUAUUGGUGCCGUCGUAUGCGGGGAGCAGAAUCAAAACAAAGGAAAAUCAUCUGAUCUGAGCGAGCGAACGCAAACCGCGCCAACACAGAGAGACACGGGCCAACACACAUCGAAAGGCGAAAUCGUUGUUCACGUCAUCGGACAGAAGUCGAACAUUGUUGUUAGGCUGUGUUUCUGUGUUCUGUGGUGCGAAAAGAACAUCAAAUUCAGUUGGCGAAAUCUUCCCGAACUCUUUUGCGGAUCCGGCAUUUUGUGUACGGCACAGAAAGUGAGUGACGGCAACCUCGCACCCUCGCACCCCUCGCAGGGUGGGUUAGGAAGUAAAAAAAAAUGAUAUAAUUCAGCCUGAGUGAGUUGUUCACAUUUUGCAUCAUAUACAGCCCGUCGUAGAGGCUGUGUCAGUGUUUCUUCAAGAAACGGGCAAAUUCAACCGAGAAGCGUCCGACAGACAAACCACGGGGCAAGAUAGAAAGCAUCCCUUUACGAUACAAGGAAUAGCCUUCGGGCAGCAUCCAACAGACGGAGCGUGGUUGGUUUGGCGCGUACAGGAGUCUGGAUGAUGAGUAGCUUCGGCGGCUUGCAGAGCGGAGGCGGCCUAAACUUCACCACCGGUAUCGGUAGCGUUGACGGAAGCGUUUCGAUCGUCAAGCAGGAACCCACGGUAUACACGGCUUCUUCCGCGGACGGCGGAACGACCGCGGGCAACAACAGUAGCUGCAACACGAUCAACAACAACAACAACAGCCACAAUCAGCAACACCAUUUCCAGCAGAACACCUUCAUGAUGGACGCACUGAGCAGCAAUCCGAUGCUGACGACGGCAUCGAUGCCGAUACCGUCCCGGAGCGCCAACCAUCAGCGCGUGAUGCAGUCGGAUCUGGACUUUGGCAACGAGAUGGACCACCAGUUCCGCAGCUCUGGCCAGCUGCUGCACGAUGUCGGUGUGAUGGCGGCCGGCAACGGCAGCAGCUUUCAGACGGGCAGCCUGCCCACACAGAUGGACGGCAUGUUUCACAGCGGCUGGGACAACCUGAUCCUGACCGCGGACGGGAUCGACCUCGGGCCGAUGAAUGCGGCCGGUCUGCAGAUGAUGGACACGUGGAACAAUUUAAUUUCCCCGUCCUCGACGGUGUCGUCGGCAACGCAGCUGGACGAGUCGGGCAUACAGCAGGUGAUGGUCGGCGACGGUACCGCGAUCGUGCUGGGCGGUGGUGGCGUCGGUGGACUAGGCGCCGGACAGCAACUGAUGGAAGAGUUUGAGGUGUACCCGCUGGAAGAUUUCAACGAAGGGCUGCUGUGCAAUGAUUUGAACACAAUCGACGGGCUGUUUCACGACGAUAUAACGCUGCUCAGCCAGCCGCUGAGCCAGCAGUCGCCGAACCUGAGCGGCGACAGUGCCAUCAUCCUGUCGCCCAGCCUGCCCCAGCAGAUUCUGGGCCGCUCGUCGAACCUUUCGUCCGGCGGGCUGACCAUCUUGGCGAGCGGCGAGAACACGGUCGGCAGCGUGGGCAGUAACAGCGUGUCGUCGGGCUUCGGACCGGCCACGGCCGCCGGUGGCAUGCAGCUGCUCACGAACGACCCGAUGGUGGCGGCCAACUACAUCAGCAACACCAACAGCAACAGCAGCUUGCUGUACGAUGAGCAGACGCGCAUCUCCUCGUCGCCGUUCGAGCUGUACACGAAGCAGGAACCGGGCAGUGCGGUCCAGUCCCCGCUCGCCUUCUCGCCCAGCAGCCACGGUUCCAGCCCGUCCAUUUCCGAGGGUGGCCACCUGAUGGUACCGCAGGCCGGCAGCUCAGCGGCGAAGAAUUUGCUGCAGCAGCAGCUGCAGAGCUCGUUCAACAACAACAACACGAUGUACAACGGUGCCUCGAGUACGAUCAGCGCCGGCAAGCUGAUCAAGAGCGGCGGUGCGACGUCCCCGGGCAAUAAUAACAGCGACACGGCGAAGAACCAGAACCUGGGCGGUAGCAGCCCGGGCCUCGAUGGUGGUGCACACCAGCAGCAGCCGCAGCAGCAGAUGCCAUUGCGCGCUUCGCGGCGUGGCUUCAACUUUAGCCGGAACAGCGGCAACGUGGGUCAGGUGCAGCAUAACCCGAAGUAUUCCACCCUGCAGCAGCUGCUGAUGAGCAACACGUCCGAUCGGCUGGGCAGCGGCGGCAAUCUGGUGCUGGGACAGUCGGUUCCCGCCGGUAGCGGUUCCGCCGGGUUGCUGUCCGGUGCCGCACUCAGCCCCGGCGGCAGUUACUCCGGCCGGCGUCUGUUGCAGGCCCAGAUGGCAGCUGGAACGACGAGCGCGGCCGUUUCGGUCGGCUCGAAUGCCGGCACGUCCGGUACGGCGAUGUCGCGCUUGUCCUCGUCCGCACCGACACACAUUUCUGGCUUCGAGCAGAUUUGGCAACGGCGUGAACCGCGCCCACAUCUCCUGUCGACCGGUAGUUUGGCCGAGGCUGGCUCAACCUCUUCGCUGAGCACCGGAAGCAUCCUUAGCCCGGAGGCGCCCGAUUUUUCACACGACGAAGGCUACUCAGACGAUAGCGAUCACUAUGAGGACUACUCCAGCGGCGAAGAUUCGGAUAGCGAGGAUACGGGCAAGGUUUCGUCCAGUGCCGGCAGCAAGGCAAAGCGCUACUUCUGGCAGUACAAUGUCCAGGCGAAGGGACCGAAGGGGCAGCGUUUGGUCAUCAAAACGCAGGUGGAGGAUCCGCACGUGCUGAACGCGGUCACUGAUCCCGUAUUCAGUCCGAACUGCUCCGUUCGAGGCAUUAAGAAUCUUCGUUUACAGCACAGCGGCAAGGCGCGGAAGGGUGACGGCAACGAUCUGACGCCGAACCCUCGCAAGCUGCACAACAUCGGCAAGGAGCUGGACAAGCUCGGCCGCGUCAUCAACGACAUGAAGCCCGUUAGCGAGCUGCCGUUCAAUGCGCGCCCGAAGACGCGCAAGGAAAAGAACAAGCUGGCGUCGCGGGCCUGCCGGCUGAAGAAGAAGGCACAGCACGAAGCGAACAAGAUCAAGCUGUACGGGCUGGAGACGGAACACAAGCGUCUCAUGAACGGGAUAUUGCAUCUGAAACAGAUCCUGGUGACGAAGUGCAGCAAUGCGGGAACGGCCAGUGAGAACCCAGAAGAGUACAAACAGCAACUAGACACGUUGGUGCAAACGUCAUCCAAAAUAAAAAUUGCUGGCAAUUCUACUGAGUUUGUGAACAAAAUGCUCGAGAAUGUGCGGACGGGUAACAACACCAGCAUAGAUACGGUGCUGGAGCACUUCUAGAUCGGUCCUGAAGCUUCCUGUUGUGUUGUGCGCUUGUUAUGAACGCUACAGCAACGUGUGUGUGUGUGUGUCGAAAGGAGGAGUCGCGAAGUCAAAUGGUGAUGAUUUUGCGCGUCAUUUUCUCUCCACUCUGGAGGGAAAGUCGAACCAGCACCAAAUCACCAAUGACGAAUCAAUGAGACUGUAAGAUAAAAAAAGAAAGCAACCAAUUACCUUCGUUUUGAUUAAAACUACAUAAUAUUUUCUAAUGAGCGUGCAUUGUAUGAAUAAUGCAUAAAACGGCACAUGAUGCACAUAGUGCGGCCGGGAACAAGUGAUAUUUGCCAUUGCGCUGUUGGCAGACGCCCGCAGCAGUGGUGCAAAAGCAAUCACUCCGGAUGACGCAAUGAAUGAGAAAUUACUACCACCUAAGAGAAGAUCGUUGCCGAAGAAGGAGAAGCAUUUGUACGGGGAGUGCACUUUCCAUGCAAAGUGUAAUCCAGAACACGUGACAGAACGAGAUAGAAGAGCAAGAGGAGAAAAAGAGAGAACGAGAGAUAAAGCGAGGGAGGAAUGCUGAAACAUAUGUUGGUCAUUAUAUGAUAUUUGAACAAGCAUUAGCGAGUAAGAACACAUUUCUUUACAUGCAUAUACAUAUACGUAGAUACACUGUAAGGUACCGGAUAAGGAUUAUUCAAACCUGUUUUUGUUUGUCAGUACAACUUGUUACAUUACAUAUACGGAUAUAUUUUUUAUACGAAGUUGAUCACUAAAAAAAACAAGCACCAAGUACUAAUUUGGAUUUAUCUCCUACACUUUUCUUCUUCUGUUUGUUGUAAACUCAUCGAGCAAGCGCCUUUUAGUGUGUUCUCUCGAUUGGAAAGUGGUCGUGAUCUUCUCCAGUUAAACACUUUACCUCUACAACGAAAUCAAAACCAAAACCACACUGGUUUCUUUUGUAUAAAACCCCAAUCUCUGAUCAAAUCAACUUCACAGAAAUCACCCUAUUAUGUGUACAGCAGAUUACAAAUAUUGGUAACCGGUAUGACCAACUAUCCCUAAACCAAAACCACACGGACUGAGAUGAGUGCCGCGUCAAACGCGACCAUAUACUUAUCAUACUUUGUGCCACACAAACUACACGCGCGCGUACAUAUACAUGCAGUUACACAUCCAUCCAGCGUGACCAAUAGGGUUAACAGGAAAACAAAAACACAAACGAAUGAAAUGAAGCUCAGGAACAAAGUGCGUGUGUAUUGGGAUUGGAUUGAACAAUUGCAGUUUUUUAUUUCUUACAAACGUGUUUACUUUUGAACCAUUUUUGUUAUUUUUUUCUUCAAAUUAAAUGUGAAAACGAGUUGUGUCGGAGCAAUGGAAACUGUAUGUUUGAGAUACAGGAUAAUUUACUCAUAAGGAUCUUUUUAACAUUCAAACUUUUUCUCUUUAAAAAUGAAGGAUGCGAAUUAUUUUGUGUGCCGGUGUGGAUAUUGAACGAAACGAAUGAAAUGCUUGAAGAAAGCAAAAAAAAACAAAAAAAGAAAUCAAGAGAUUGCAUAUGCGUACACUGGCCGACGUGAAUGUGAAUGAAAAUUACCUUUAACGUAUAAAAACGAUAACCAUUGAUAAUUGAUAACGUAUGUACCUAAUUACCCUGGCGUAAAAAAACAAAACACACAACCAGACAUUAUAUAGAUAUGUAUACACAUAUAAUCUUUUUACAUUUUCUCAACUAUUGUGUGCGAUUAAUCCUUGUAGGAUGGGUUUACGAGAAAGAUAAGGAACAGAAUGGAAAUAGAUAGAGUGAUAGGAUAGAUACUGCGGGUGUCAGCGGUUUGUCUUUUUGUUUUGCGGAAGAACACGAUGGAAGAAUACAGCCGCCCCUGGCCUGUGGAGUAGUAGUAGUUCUGUAAGUGCUAUAGUAUGUAACGAAUACUUUUUUGUCUGUACUCCUGUUUUUUACUAGCUAUUUGACAUACUACUCAGCUCACUGACGUUGCAUGUGUUACAGGAAUCUUGUCGCAUUAGUUGUGUGAAGUGCGUUGCGAGAUGUUCGAAAUCGAUCGUUACUUUCCCGCCCCAAUUCCUCCUUUUCAUAAUCGUAGUUGUUUAAGCAAGAUGGAACGGGCAGCGCCCUCUAGCGAUGGGAGAUGAAGCAGUGUUAAGGAUAGCUUUUCUGUAUUGCAUUACACAGCAGGUUCGAAAAUUCAGUGAUCAUUUCCGUUUUCCAAGUGUUUUUAUUUCCCUUCUUCCUGGUUGUGUAGUGAGCGGAUAGUUUAUCGAGGCUUUGUUCAGGAAUAUGGGAGAUCGAGCGUGAUCGAGCGUGAUCGAGCGAGAGAGGGAAAGAGCUUAGAAGUGUACCUUAAGCAGCAGCAUCAGACUAAUACUGUUGAUUGUUCUGGUUAUUUUAGGCACUAGUACCCGGGAAAAGAAGAACGGUUUGUCCGUGCAGUCCCCCCGGGGCUAGGGAUAUCGAAAAGUGUGACCAAAAUGCUUGUUUGGAAAAGAAAACGGCCUGGCGCUAGGAAUGAUUUUCGAAAUGAGGAUGGUUUAAUGCUAAAACGCUUUAAUAUCGGUUCAAGGCGGACAGUCCGUCCCUCUGAUGGUACUGCAAAUAAGCGACAUUAUUCUGGUACUUGGUUGGGCACAACAUACACAUACACACUUUAAAAUAUAUUAUUUUAGUCGCUUUCGGCUACAGAACGAUACAGCUUUAACCCCCAUACGCACCCAUUGAUAGCAGCAGUUGUAAACGAAUAAUUGUGAUAAUAUUUUCUGUUUUGCUGCAAAUUGUCUGUUGUAUUCAGAAACUUGCAAGCUGCCAUACUGCAUUUAUUUGAAUUCCAGCGUCGAAGCGUGCGUUUUUGUAUGUCUGUGUGUAUUUGUAACAUGAACACCCAGAACACGUAAUGAACACAGUGGUAAAGACAACGUUUAUGUUUUUAAUUUUUUGUUCGUUUUUCCUUCUGUAUCUUUUUUGGAAAAUAAAGGGCACCCCGAUGCACUUACGUGGUUGAUUUUUGUGUGCAGCAUGCAACCCCGAGAAAUCUGUUCUGCAGCAGCAACGUACAACAAACCUACAAACAAUCUGUGAUUUUUGUUAAUGUUAUAGUGAGCGUUUUUGUAGUGUCAGCUUCUAUUUUUACUACGUUAGGAAGGAUUUGUUCUGUUUUUGGGCUAGGAACAGCGUGCAGUUAUGUAUUUUUGUUUGUCCGUAUUUCCAAUUUAGUUGUUUUGCGUUCCUUUGUUUCUGGUUUGCUGCAGAUUACAUUAAGCUAUAAUAAUUAUUUUCAAUGCAUCUUACCGUUUCCAAACUCUCUUCCUCUGAGUUAUUGUGUUAGGAUCAGACAAGCAGACUGACACGAAAAGGUUGAAUAAGGCACGCGAAUAGUAGAACUAGCGCAGUCAGCGUAUGCUCAGGUUUGUUGACUAAUGGAAUAGUAUGGCACUUGCUUCCAAUGUUUCUUUUCCAACGUAGCAUUAAGCAUGAUGGAGCUGGAUUGAAUUCGUCUUAUUACUUACCUCUGUUUGUUGAAUUAAUUGAUAUUGGCUAUAUUUUACCCUACACAGCUUUGCUGCAAGAUUUACUUUACAAUACAAGAGUAGAAUGUAAGUUUUUUUUAUAUCUUGACGAAUUGAUUGGAAAGUUAGGAUUUUCAAAUAAUCGCGCGUGCUAUUGUUUAAAAUUCAAAACGGCAACGGCAUGGAAUUACAGUUGCAUCUAAAUUGUAUAAACUAGAAUUAAAAAAAUUGAUUUAUUCUUACAAGCGUGAAAACACUCAAUUUGAAGAUCGUACCCAGUGUGAGGUAGAAGAUAUGUAAGGCAAUUUGGUUUUCAUCCACUAUCAAUCAUUUUCCAAGGUGUUUAUCAAACAUAUGGUCUGCAAAAUAAUGCGUUAUUAUGUUGCUUGAAAUUGAGGCAGUCUCUACCCACAUAAAAAAAUCGAAAGUUAAAAAAAAUCGCAACAAUAUCUUAUAUACUAUUGAUUAUUACAAAAGUUUCUCUUUUUGAACAUGAAUAACUCUAUUAUCAAUAUUCCCGUUUUGUAUUUGUUUUACUUAAACUUAAUCUUACUACGAUUAGCUUUUCUUCGCAAAUUAAAACAGAGGAUUAAAUUUAGUGGGAAAAAUCAAACAAAAGUCAAAUGUUCCUAUCCCACAUUAUGUCUAGGAAGCAGAAAAGAAAUUUGCAGCGAGACACUUAUCGAUAUGAAUGAUUGGCAAACCAAAUACAGGUUAACAUCAUAAACACAUCAUAAAAACCAUUAAUUCUACAAUUCUCCACUUGCAAUCAAAUGAUGAACACAAUGAUAAUAACCAAGCUGAAACAGGCCUCUAGCCUCUUGCCUCCCUUCCUUCGCCCGUUUACACAGCCCAAGUGGAUCGAAACAAAUUGUACAAAUAUAAUACAACAACGCGUUACAGCGUCAAAUCGUGUGUCAACUAAGGACUACUUUAGUGAUCAUCAUCUACAAAAAUGUGUGCAGCAGUAAUUACGAUGAAUGUUCUUUUUUCUAAGUUUCUUCCUUCUUCUACCGGUACCUGGCUACAGUUCGUUGCAAAAAGCAGUGCUGCCCGCAGUGCUGGUGUGCAAGGCUAGUUUGCUGUUCCUUUCGUACAGAAAGUAUAGAAUGUUCAAAUAUAUUUCUUUCAUCCUCACAAGUUUUGAAAUUGCUUCACCGUGUGGUGUGGUUUACUGCUCUGGUACAAAUAUUAGGAUGGACACAAUUGGAUAAAGGAAAAAUCUGGUCGAUUUACACUACCUCAGCACGAUGAUGAAUGUAUCGUAGAAGAGAAGAGAUUACACCCAUCACUAACCGAAGCAAAUACGGAAAACAGAAAAGGGAAAAUUACACAAGCAGAAGCUUGUAUAAAAAGGAAAAUGUAUAUUUUCAUGAGUACACAACUUUAUACACGAGCGCCCACACAUAUUGAACUCCGUUUAACGAAGCCUUUCAUCAUCCCGUCAACGGUUGUGUAAAGAGCGGUAGUCUGUUGUGCAGUUGCCGAAGGUAACGCUUUAGGAUGUAGGAUAACACGCAUGUGAUGAUUACAAUGAGAUUGCCAUAAACUGCAUGAAGCAACAAGAAACGGAUAUAAAACACUAAAAAACUAUGUACGUACUUUGCGAAACAAUGAGUUGAAACAACUGCUCCCCUUUAGAAAGUGCUGUUCGGUUUGCACUCUUCCCCCAAUCUCUCUUUAUCUCUCUACAAGAAUCCAAAUCAUAAAACCCAUCUGUAAUAGAAAAGCGUUUUAAACGCUUAGCUGCUUGAAACUUUACUUAGCGAGAGGCUGCUAAAUAAAAAAAGAAGAAACAAAACACUGAAAUACAAAACAAAGAAAAAAUCGCGGAAAAUAACAAAGCCAAACUAAAAACGAAGGUAACGAUAACAAGUGAACUACAUUCUGGUGGGAGCGUGUGAGAAGCAUGCAAUUAAUUAGGGCCAUGUUUGCUAAGUACAAUGGAGUGUAUAUUUUUAUAAACAUUUUCAAUUGACAUAUGAAUAAACACACUCAGCAGCAACAUAUGAAAAGAAAACGAACGAAAUGCAAUAAAAAAUGACUUGAAGCAGCUUUAUGGUAGAUUACUGAUUCAUCUGAAGUGUAGGAUGUUUGAUUUAUCUAACUUGGUUAUGAUUUUUAAAAGCAGAUCUUAGGGCCACUCGACAUGUGUGUACGAAAGCAGGAAGAAACAGAUCCCUUUUUGUAUGCAAUAGGCUUGAUGCUAUUUUGCUCCGUUGGAAGAAUGGAGAGGCAUUUGAAUUUUGUAAAAUGGGGUACCGUAACAGUUCAAAUCGCAAGCUUUUUGAUUGAGUUCUUGCGUUAUUGGUUUCCUAGGCACGAACGAACAUAGCGAACCACUUCAUAGCAGGUUUGCAAUGUAAUGAGACGAGCAGAGACGCAAGGACGAGUAAAUAUGUGUAACAAGGGUCGAAACUACCAAUUGUAAUAGCUGUGCUUACGUUGGAUUAAACACAAUAAAACUUUCAUCUGAGAUACUGUAAUGGAUAAUAAAGGAACUAAAAGUGUA